AUGUUCGGCAAAAUCGUCCUCUCUGUCGGCCUCUUCCUUGCUGCAGUCCAGGCUCAGCAGGCUAGCAACUGCGAAUACCUGUCCUUGAAGUGCGGCUCGGUGCUGCUCACUGCCCCUUACAGCUACACCGAAGCUCAGCUCAUCUCGGCCGUCAACGACACCACCUCCAUCCCCACACUCUCAGUUGCUCAGCUCUCCCAGACCCUGUUCCACUGCACAGACAUCCUCGGAACAAUCACCGGAAACUCCUACUGCUUCGCUGGCUGUGAUGUCAAGCCCGGCGUCCGCAACGACCAAUGCAUCCUGUAG